AUGAGUCCGGAGAUUGGUGAAGCCCAUUGGAGUGCCCUUGAUCUGCUCGUAUGUGAUCCCUUCCAAGGUAAAGAAUGUCUUGAGGCAGUGCCCCAUGAGUUCUAUGAGGUCCUGAGCUGUGGGCUGGCCAUCGCCCCCGUCGUAAUUUUGACGUAGCAUGUCACUCAGCGUUUCGACCGCAAGGGCCUGUGGCUAUUUCAGAAGCUAAGAUCCCUAACUGCAGCCUCACAAACAACGGGGCACUCAGCAGAACAAUUCCUUGACAAAAUAAGGACAGUCACGAUCGAACCGAAUGAAAGGAUGAUGUCUUUUGACGUCGUCUCACUCUUCACGUCCAUACCACAGGCCCUUGCGGUCGAAACGCUGAGUGACCUGCUACGUCAAAAUUACGACGGGGGCGAUGGCCAGCCCACGGCUCAGGAUCUCAUAGAACUCAUGGGGCACUGCCUCAAGACAUUCCUUACCUUCGAGGGGAUCACCUAUGAGCAAAUUAAGGGCACUCCGACGGGUUCACCAAUCUCCGGACUCAUUGCCGAGGCUGUCCUGCAAAAAAUCGAGAAACGACUGUUCGGGGAAUACAAACCCCAGUUUUGA